AUGAGCUUGCCCGAAAAUUUGGAAAACAACGCUCGUAAGCGUAAGCGCACUCCAAAAAAGUACUGUAACACUGAGAAAAUGAGCUUCUACGGAGCUAUUAGAACUGAGAAUUCUGACACUGAUGUCGAUGGAUACGGAGAGGAGUACAAAAAACUACACAAAUACAUCAAGCCAAGAAGAAUGAGUAUCUAUGCUCCAGAUUUCCGAUACGGACCAAAUCGUCGAAGCUAUUGGCAACAGGAGCUGUCGGACACGGAUGAGGAUGUGGAGGAAGAAGAGAAGAAGGUCGAUCGAAAAUACAAGAAGGAGAACGGUGAGGAAGGUUCAAGCGAAGACGAGAGAUCGUCGGAGAAUUCUGGAGAUGAGCACGAAGAAAACGAGGACAAUGAGGAGGAUGUGGAAAAAGCAGCUAGAGAAAAAAAGGAGAAGGCCAACGUAGACAACGAUGAUUGGGAGGAUGUUGCUAAUCUUCAGAAAAUCGAGGAGAUAAUGGAGGUCAAGAAGAAGGCCUCUGUCAAUUAA